AGGCUGCUGAGUCGGGAAUAAUAAAAGUGAAAACAAUAGCAGCACGAAAUACUGAUAUCUUGGCAGUGGGAAAACUAUGCCAGCAUUGAAAGAGAACAGCUCCGAGGUAGUUCAGCCUUUUCUAAUGGGUUGUGGAACAAAGGAACCAAAGAUCACUCAGCUGUGUCUAGCAGCCAUACAAAGGCUCAUGUCCCAUGAAGUUGUUUCAGAGGCGGCAGCAGGAAACAUUAUUAAUAUGCUUUGGCAACUGAUGGAAAAUAGUCUUGAAGAACUUAAAUUGCUUCAGACAGUUCUUGUACUUUUAACAACCAAUACAGUUGUGCAUGAUGAAGCACUGUCGAAGGCAAUUGUACUUUGUUUUCGAUUACACUUCACAAAAGAUAAUAUCACAAAUAACACAGCAGCAGCUACAGUGCGACAGGUAGUUACUGUUGUAUUUGAGAGAGUUGUUGCUGAAGAUGAACGAUACAAAGAUACUACUGAGCAACCAGUUGCAGUUCAAGGAAAUAGUAACAGAAGAUCUGUCACUACACUGAAGCCAUGUGCUAAAGAUGCAUAUAUGCUUUUUCAGGAUCUUUGCCAGUUAGUUAAUGCUGAUGCUCCCUACUGGCUCGUGGGUAUGACAGAAAUGACCCGGACGUUUGGACUUGAGCUUCUUGAGUCAGUCCUCAAUGACUUUCCACAAGUGUUUUUACAGCAUCAAGAAUUCAGUUUUCUCCUUAAAGAAAGGGUAUGCCCCCUUGUUAUAAAGCUCUUCUCCCCAAAUAUCAAAUUCAGACAAGGUUCCAGCUCAUCAUCUUCCCCAGCACCAGUGGAAAAACCGUAUUUCCCCAUCUGUAUGCGUUUGCUGAGAGUAGUUUCUGUUUUGAUUAAGCAGUUUUACAGUUUGUUGGUAACAGAAUGUGAAAUCUUUCUGUCCUUGCUGGUUAAGUUUCUGGAUGCAGAUAAACCACAGUGGUUAAGAGCUGUUGCAGUAGAAUCUAUUCACAGGCUUUGUGUGCAGCCUCAGCUAUUAAGGUCCUUUUGUCAGUCCUAUGAUAUGAAGCAGCAUUCCACUAAAGUUUUCCGUGAUAUUGUGAAUGCACUGGGGUCCUUCAUCCAGUCACUGUUUCUGGUAACAAGCACAGGGAACACAUCAGCAACACCAAACCAAGCAGGAAGCAGUACAUCGGGGAGCUCUGGCUCAGCACAAGCCACCCCGGGAGUACUUGGAAUGGGUGGGGGCGCAACUGUGUUACCUGCGUUUGAGUACAGAGGUACCUGGAUACCUAUCCUGAACAUAACAGUACAAGGAAGUGCUAAAGCUACCUAUUUGGAAAUGCUGGACAAAGUAGAGCCACCUACAAUUCCUGAAGGCUAUGCCAUGUCAGUGGCGUUUCACAGUUUACUGGAUCUUGUCCGUGGUAUCACUACCAUGAUUGAAGGAGAGCUGGGAGAGGCUGAAGCAGUCAGUCAAAUCACAACAGAGGCAACCUUAUCACCAGCACGGUCUUCAGAGCAGCAAGACUUGCAGUCUGUAUCUGAUGAAUCAGACCAAGAGCUAGUUAGCAGAGCUGUCUGGGAAGAAAUGGUGAAUGCAUGUUGGUGUGGUCUUCUUGCUGCAUUCUCUCUCCUACUUGAUGCAAGCACUGAUGAAGCUGCCACUGAAAAUAUUUUAAAAGCAGAAUUGACCAUGGCUGCACUUUGUGGAAGGUUAGGUCUUGUCACAUCCAGAGAUGCCUUUAUCACUGCCAUUUGCAAAGGGUCCUUGCCUCCUCACUAUGCCCUUACUGUAUUAAACAGCACAACUGCAGCUCUGUCCAGCAAAUCAUAUUCUAUUCAGGGACAGAAUGUUCAAAUGAUCAGUCCUUCAAGCGAGUCUCAUCAGCAAGUUGUAGCAGUAGGUCAACCCUUAGCUCUUCAGCCGCAGGGAACAGUAAUGCUGACUUCAAAAAAUAUCCAGUGUAUGAGGACGUUACUCAACUUAGCCCACUGCCAUGGAGCUGUUCUUGGUACAUCAUGGCAACUUGUUCUGGCUACUCUUCAGCAUCUUGUGUGGAUUCUGGGGUUGAAACCUGGUGUUGGGGGUGCUUUAAAACCUGGAAGAGCUGUAGAAGGGCCCAGUACAGUUCUGACUACAGCAGUUAUGACUGAUCUGCCAGUUAUAUCCAACAUACUUUCAAGGCUUUUUGAAAGCUCACAGUAUCUUGAUGAUGUCUCCUUACAUCACUUAAUAAAUGCCCUUUGCUCCUUGUCUCUGGAAGCCAUGGAUAUGGCCUAUGGAAACAAUAAGGAACCAUCGCUUUUUGCUGUUGCUAAAUUACUGGAAACAGGACUAGUUAACAUGCACAGGAUUGAGAUUCUUUGGAGACCUCUGACCGGUCAUCUUCUGGAGAAGGUCUGUCAGCAUCCAAACUCCAGAAUGAGAGAAUGGGGAGCAGAAGCUUUAACUUCUCUUAUUAAAGCAGGAUUGACGUUCAGCCAUGAUCCUCCUUUAUCACAAAAUCAGAGACUGCAGCUGCUUUUGCUAAAUCCACUAAAGGAGCUAUCAAACAUUAGUCAUCCCGAUAUCAGGAUUAAGCAGUUGGAGUGCGUGCUACAGAUUUUGCAAAGUCAGGGUGACAGCUUGGGACCUGGUUGGCCAUUGGUGCUUGGAGUCAUGGGGGCAAUUCGAAGUGAUCAGGGAGAGUCCUUAAUACGAACUGCAUUCCAGUGUCUUCAGUUGGUUGUGACAGACUUUCUUCCAACAAUGCCAUGUACUUGUCUACAGAUAGUUGUUGAAGUUGCAGGAAGCUUUGGACUUCACAAUCAAGAGCUAAAUAUUAGCUUAACUUCAAUUGGUUUGUUGUGGAAUAUUUCGGAUUAUUUUUUCCAAAGAGGUGAAAUAAUUGAAAAGGAGCUAAACAAGGAAGAAGCAGUGUUGCAGAAGCAGGCAGAAGAAAAGGGGGUGAUGCUAAAUAGACCGUUUCAUCCUGCACCUCCAUUUGACUGUCUUUGGUUAUGUCUCUAUGCCAAACUUGGAGAACUCUGUGUGGAUCCCCGACCUGCAGUUAGAAAAAGUGCUGGGCAGACAUUGUUUUCUACUAUUGCUGCUCAUGGAACUUUAUUGCAACAUUCGACAUGGCACACUGUAAUAUGGAAGGUUUUAUUUCACCUGUUGGAUAGGGUUCGAGAAUCUUCUACCACAGCAGACAAAGAGAAGAUUGAAUCAGGAGGAGGCAACAUCCUUAUCCAUCAUUCGAGGGAUACAGCUGAGAAACAGUGGGCUGAGACAUGGGUGUUAACACUGGCUGGAGUUGCAAGAAUAUUUAACACCAGGAGAUACUUAUUGCAACCUUUAGGAGACUUUUCCCAAGCUUGGGAUGUUCUUCUUGAUCAUAUCCAAUCAGCAGCACUCAGCAAAAAUAAUGAAGUUUCCUUGGCUGCUCUGAAAAGCUUCCAGGAAAUCUUGCAGAUUGUUUCUCCUGUCCGAGACUCAGAGAAACCUGACACACCACCUGCUAUCAAUGUUUCUGUACCUGUGGUUGUAGGGACAACUACUGCCACUAGUCUUGGCAGAUCAUUCAUGAGAACUGACUCCAUAGGAGAAAGAGUUGGAAGAUAUAAUGGAUCUGAACCACCUGUAGUAACAGAUGAAAUCGAAGAUUUGAAUCUUUGGUGGGCGGCGUGGAACAGCUGGUAUAGGAUUGGCUCAGAAAGUACAAAGCCUCCAAUUACUUGUGAUAAAUUGACUUUCAUUCCCAGCCAGCCUUUUCUUACAGCUUUAAUUCAAAUAUUCCCAGCUCUUUACCAGCACAUCAAGACUGGUUUCAGCAUGGAUGAUCUCCAAAAGCUGGGUGUCAUUUUACACGGUGCUGUUUCAGUUCCGAUCAGUUCUGAUGCUUCCCCUUUCAUCCUUCCAUCUUACACAGAAGCAAUUUUGACAAGUUUACAGGAAGCGGUGCUUACAGCUUUAGAUGUUUUGCAAAAGGCUAUAUGCGUGGGCUCAGAAAAUAUGCAGAUAAUGUAUCCUGCAAUCUUUGACCAGCUAUUGGCAUUUGUAGAAUUUUCCUGUAAGCCUCCACAAUAUGGACAGCUGGAAACCAAACAUAUUGCAAAUGCAAAAUAUAAUCAGAUACAACUAUUUGCACCGGCGGAGUGGGUAGCAUUGAAUUAUGUACCGUUUGCUGAGAGGUCGUUGGAAGUUGUUGUGGACUUGUACCAAAAGACCGCUUGCCAUAAAGCUGUGGUAAAUGAGAAAGUUCUUCAGAACAUUAUUAAGACGCUGAGAAUACCUCUUAGUUUGAAAUAUUCUUGUCCUUCUGAAAGCACGUGGAAACUAGCAGUGUCCUCUCUUCUCAAAGUUCUUUCUAUUGGACUACCAGUUGCAAGGCAGCAUGCAUCUUCUGGAAAAUUUGACAGUAUGUGGCCAGAGCUAGCCAAUACUUUUGAAGAUUUUUUAUUCACUAAAAGGUAAAUACAAAUUCCUUUUUUAUUUGAUUUGAUUUAAUUCUUUUUUUAACUGGCAAGUAUUCUUGAGUAAUUUAUUUAGUUUAGUUUGUUUAGUAAAGAAGCAAAACAGUAUGUCAGUAGAGUUCAGUAAAAGUAGCCUUAUCCUUAGGGGGUAUUUGAUUUCUGGAAGUGAUUUUAAUGAAUGAAGGAAAAAGGGUGACCAUUUUUUCUACUUCAAAAAAAGUUCAUUCAAAAGGGGUAAUGUCUUAGCAAGAAAUAGCUCAACUGAGCUCUGAGUACAAGCUUUCUAAUCAGGCCAUGGAAUUCUGUAUGGGCUCCCAAGAAUGUUUACUGUAGAUUUGACAAAGAAUUAUUAAUUUAGACUCACUUUUCUUUUUUUCCCAAUAUGAAGAGAACUAAAACAAUAAUUUUUCCGAGGUAAGGUGAGCAUCAUCAACUAUAUGCAUUU